AUGCAUAAGACCAAGAAUUUUGAAGGAGGAGCAGACAGGCAUUUUGGGGCUGUACAAGGUGCCUCAGAAUCUCUGGAGAUUAUUCCUAUAAAUGGGAAUGUGGAAUUGAACACACAAACAUCUUUUAUAUGCAAAGUGAGAGGAAGUGGCGAAGCCGCUCUGACUUGGGUUGAUCCGGAUGGGAAUGAAAUUGAAGAGGAUUCAAAGCCUUACUGGGUGAAGGCGAUUGAUGAAACAUCCAAGGAGAUGCAGAUGACCCUCACUCGCCCAGAUCAGGGUGGGAUUUUCAGGUGUAACGGAGAAUUUGAAUUAGGAAAGACCGCUACUGAACGAAUUGAAAUCCACGUGAUCCAGAAACCUACAUUUGUGGACACAAUGGAUCUUGUGAAGGAAGUUCAUGAGGGCCAAAAUGUAGAAUUCAGCUGCCUGGUUAAAGGAAUACCACCACCAACUAUUAGAUGGUUUUUUGGAAACCAGGACAUCAGAAAUAUUAUUAGGGAAAGGCAACUAUUUAUUGAAAAUGGGAAGCUGCUGAUAGAGAACACCCAAUUAUCAGAUGCGGGUAUUUAUAUUUGUGAGGCAUCCAUCAAAGAACGCAACGAAGUAGCUUUUGCAAACUUUACGCUCAAGAUUAAAUUUGCUCCAAAAAUAGAACUCCUUACGAGUGUCCCUUUGGUCACCCAGACUGGGAAUCCCAUCCAAGUCAACUUCACCGUCUUAGCCAACCCCUCACCUUCUGUCUCCAUUGCUUGGAAGGAGAAGAUUUUUGAAGAGGAUGCCAUUGAAAAGAUAGCGCAGGACCAAAACAGAUAUUUGUUCCUCUUUGAGGUGACACCAACAUCACAAGAAGACAUUCCAGAACUCGUUAUAACUGCUGCUAAUGAAGUAGGCAUUGCCAAGAAGAGCGUUCCCUUUGAAAAAGACGGAGGUUUGGGAUGGGGCAGCAUUUUGGCAAUUGUGUUGGCAAUUCUGGUGCUCUUCUUGCUGAUAGAUGCCUUGUGUUAUUACAAGCGCCGGUGUGGCUUUUUGAUGUUCUGCAAAAAGAAUAUUCUGUGUAAAAAGUCUACAACAGGAGUUGAGAACAAUGGGAAAAUUCUCUCAAAAUCAGGAAAAAGCCCCGUAGUGAAUAUAUCUGGUUCAGAAGCCUGAUUGGACCAUAGCAAGGAGAUCAGAUAAUGAAAUGUUGACUUUCUGCAACAAUAUUUGGAUAAAUUGGGCAUAGAAAAAGAAGUUUCUCCUCUCUAUUAUUCCUCCCACUAUUCUUCUAUCUUUAUUGUCACCUUUAAUGGAGAUGUUGCUCUAAAAUUAGUGACAGGUAACAUCUAGGAUGGGCUGAAAUCCUGUGCCCGCAAUUUGGAGUUAUCCUUUCUUCUAUAGAUAGGAGAACGUUCCUUAUUACAUUGAUACAACAUAAUAUCAAUACAUUGCAUCCAGAACAUUUUUGUUUUUCAGCUAUGAUUUUUUUAAAAUUACCUUUAACAUAUAGGGGGUUUAUGAUACUUUGUUACCCCACUAUGUAUUUAUUGGUGUAUCCAAGGUUGUGGUCACAUUGUUUGUACAUAUGGCGUAAUUUUUUUUAUUGAUGUAGCCUUUUCCAAAUCAAAGUUUUUGAAUGGCAUUGAAAUAAUCCAUAUCACCAUAACAGAGCAAAUAAAAUAGUUGUUAUUUCCAAUUAAACAUCAAUAUGGGUUGAGUUGGUGCCUAGUGAAAUACC